AAUUUGUUGUUUAGUGGUUGGUAUGGAUUCGGUGAUUAACUAGUUUGUUUUUGUGUCGAAUUAAAUGUUAAUUAUGUUGAUUUUCAUCUAAUUGUUUUCGUCUUGUUUAAUUUGAUUCUUCUUCCAGGUUGGUUUAUGUGGACUUUCGAGUGAGUUAAUUGCGGUUCUAAGUGAAAAAUCUACUGAUUGUCUCUACUGGUGGAAGAUCAUAAACAAUUGAGAGAAACGAAAAUGGAUCCAUCUGAAUCUCCUUCUUCUAUUUUACAAUCAGCCAAGAGCCAAUUUCUUAAUUUGUUGGGUGACAAUGAAAAAGGAAUCACUGAUAAAACUCUUGGUACUCUUAUGGAAUCGAUUGACAUUGCAGUUCGAGCUCAGGUCAUUAAUGAUUGUCUUGCUGCUGGGAAAAUUGAACUUCUCAAACAAGGAAAACAAUUGAUUUACAAAUUGAAAGUGGACUCGCGACAGGCUUUUGACAAUGACGAGGAAAAUGUUGUUUACACGAUAAUCGAAGAGGCUGGUAAUCGAGGGAUAUGGAUGAGAGAGAUUAGAACCAAGUCCAAAUUACCGAUCACUCAAUUGUCCAAAGUAUUGAAGACGAUGGAAAACAAGAAGAUGAUUAAAUCAGUGAAAUCGAUCUCAGCCUACAAGAAGAAAGUCUAUAUGUUGUAUAAUUUGGAGCCUUGUACAUCAGUCACCGGUGGAACUUGGUAUUCUAAUAAUGACUUUGAAUCAGAGUUUGUUGAGAUUCUUAAUCAACAAUGUUACAAGUAUUUGGUGAAAAAGUUUGAAACUUCUCGACAAUUAUCAAGUCCAAUCGAAAGGAAAAACGCUUCUUAUUGUAAAUCAUCAGAGAUUUGUGAUUAUAUUCGUAAGUUAGGGAUAAGUAAAGUUAAUCUUUCUGAAGAAGAUAUUGAAGAAAUUCUGGAAACUCUGGUUUAUGAUGGAAAAGUGGAAAAAACUUGUAUCAAUGAUUCGAAUUCACCUGAAGAUGGAACCACGAAAAUCUAUCGAGCAAUUAAUCCUUCAUUAACAAUGACCAGUCUAAUGCGAAUGCCUUGUGGUGUUUGUCCAGUUGCUAGCGAUUGUCACAUAGACGGUUUCAUCUCUCCCAUAAAGUGUAUCUAUUUUAACGACUAUUUCGAGUUUUAAAUUAUAUGUAAAUCAAUUCGAUUCGAAAAUCAAUUCGAGAUCCAAAUCAACUUUUAUAUUUACAAAACCAAACCAAUUUUCUUUGUAUAUUCUAAAAUAAAAACUAAUCAACUUCAGAUUUAAAUUCCACGAUUUAACUGGA